CAUCGACUCGAAGUGCAGAAUCCCCGCUUCCCGGAUGCACUGCCUCGCCUGCGCCGCGCCCGCCACAGCGGCCGCCGCGCGUGCACCGGGCAGGCGCUUCGGCCGCCGGAGGGUGGUCGUCGACUGCGCCGCCUCCGCAGACCGCAACGGCGAAGGAACGUCUCCGAGGUUAAGGGAAACAUGUGAACUUGGUGAAAUCUCAACCAAACCUAUAUUGUUUGCAUCAAGGAGGAAGAUUAUUGCAUUUUCAGCCUUUUGCCUUUGCUUACAUUCUUCAAGGUACUUCUCAGCACUUGCAUUGGGUGAUCCAUCUGUCAAAAUUGAGGAUGUAACUCCUAAGAUAUUUCCAUCUGGUCCACUAUUUCCAACUGAGAAACGUAUCGCGGAGCUUUUUGAAACAAAUACAUAUUCGGUUGUCAACAUUUUUGAUGUGACACUACGCCCCCAGCUCAAUGUAACUGGUGUUGUUGAGAUCCCUGAAGGAAAUGGUUCUGGAGUAGUUUGGGAUGAGUCUGGACAUGUUGUUACAAAUUAUCAUGUGGUUGGCAAUGCUCUUUCAAGAAAUCCAAAGCUCGGUGAAGUUGUUGCACGUGUCAACAUUCUUGCUGCUGAAGGGAUACAGAAGAACUUCGAAGGAAUAUUGGUUGGUGCAGACCGCUCUAAAGAUCUUGCUGUUCUUAAGGUGGACGCCCCUUCAGAUCUCUUGAAGCCAAUUAUUGUGGGAUGGUCCUCGGCUCUGAAAGUUGGUCAGCAAUGCUUAGCAAUUGGAAAUCCUUUUGGUUUUGACCAUACACUGACUGUUGGUGUUAUCAGUGGUUUAAAUCGAGAUAUAUUUAGUCAAGCUGGAGUGACGAUUGGAGGUGGAAUUCAAACAGAUGCAGCUAUUAACCCUGGGAAUAGUGGGGGUCCUUUGCUAGAUUCAAAAGGUCACAUGAUUGGCAUCAAUACAGCAAUUUUUACACAGACAGGAACGUCAGCAGGUGUUGGUUUUGCUAUACAAUCAUCAACGAUACUUAAUAUAGUUCCUCAAUUAAUUCAGUCUGGAAAGGUUCUCCGUGCUGGCCUGAACGUAGAAUUUGCACCAGAUCAGAUUGCAUACCAGCUUAAUGUCCGCGAUGGUGCUCUUAUACUGAAGGUUCCUCCAGGUAGCGCUGUAGCAAAAGCAGGUCUAAUUCCUUUAGGCAGGGGUUUUGCUGGUAAUAUUGUUCUUGGUGAUGUCAUUGUUGCUGUCGAUGGCAAACCUAUCAAAGGCAAGUCCGACCUCCUGAGGGUUCUAGAUGACUACAAUGUUGGCGACACGGUGACCCUGACAAUCAGGAGAGGCACCGAGACGAUUCCGAUAGCCUUGUCCUUGGAAGAGGCAAAUAUAUGAUGUAUCCUUGAAGCACCCCUUCCCAAAUCUACACUCUGAUGACCUCCACAUGGAUUUAAUUAAUGGAAAUUCGUUCGAACC